AUGUAUACAAGAGCAAAAUGUAAUGCAAGACUUAGUUAUAAUUAUAUCUUUAAGGGCCUCAAGAAAGCUGUUUCAAAAGCAUUAGACUCUGUUGAUUUAACAAAAAUUCAUUACUUUGCUCAUCAUUCUGAACACUUUAUGAGUGUCUAUAAACUUGGACUUUCUGAAAAAGCUGCUGCUUUUGCAGUAAAAAAAUAUCAUUUUCAUCAUCGAGUUUCAGAAAAAGUUCUUGAAGAGUUUGCACAUGACUAA